CCUGUGAUUGGCGGGAGGCGCCGCUGGCCCCGCCCUUUCCCCCGGGUUCGGUUCCGUGCUGCGCGGGGCCGGGAUCGAGGCUGCCGGAGGCGCUCAGGGGAGACCCUCGGGCGCGCGCAUGGUGCUGCUUGGCAUGCAGAGAUGGCAACGGGCGAGCCCGGCUCAUCGACGCGGGAAGGGAUGGUGCUGCUGCAGGAGCAGGCCGGGCUGUGCCCCACGGAUACAGGGGGGGACGAGCCCAGCGCUGGCCCGGAGGAGCAGGAGGAGCUGCUCGCCCCACAGAGCAACGGGCCUGUGAGAGCGGCUGAUGGCCAGGGGGACGCCCAGGAGGAGCCAAGCGACAAGGAGCUCUCAGACUCGGCCUCCACCGACAACGCCUUGGAGGACUCGAGCGAGUUUGGGCGGCCCCUGGGGGUGGGGGUCUGCGAGCCGGGGGGCCCCCCGGCCCCGACCACGCACCGCGACGAGGACGUGACGGCCGCCAGCUGGCGGGCCCGCCGGAAGCACGUCUUCGUGCUGAGCGAGGCCGGCAAGCCCAUCUACUCUCGCUACGGCAACGAGGAGGCCUUGUCCUCCACCAUGGGCGUCAUGAUGGCGCUGGUGUCCUUUAUCCAGAGCGGUGACAACGCCAUCCGCUCCAUCUACUUGGAUGACCAGAAGCUGGUGUUCGUGCAGCAGGGCCCGCUGGUGCUGGUGUCGGUGUCGCGGACGCUGCAGUCGGAGCAGCAGCUGCGCCAGGAGCUGCUCUACGUCUAUUACCAGAUCCUCAGCAUGCUGACCCAGGUGAGCAUCACCCGCAUCUUCGAGCGCAAGAAGAACUACGACCUGCGGCGCCUGCUGGCCGGCUCCGAGAAGAUCCUCGACCGCCUGCUCAACCUGGUGGAGUCGGAUCCCGGCUUCCUGCUGGGGGCUGUGCGCUGCCUCCCCCUUCCUGCCUCCCUGCGGGACGCCCUGGGCACCCUGCUGCAGAAGGCCAUCACCCCCAACCUGGUCUUCUCCAUCCUGGUGGCCCGCAGCCAGCUGGUCACGGCGGUGCAGGAGCGGGCGGUGAUCGAGGAGUGCCGGCUGGAGCCCACCGACCUCCACCUGCUGCUCAACCUGAUCGGGGCCAGCUCCGCCUUCCAGGCUGGGGAGAUCUGGACGCCCAUCUGCCUGCCCCGCUUCAACCCUGACGGGUACUUUUACGCCUACAUCUCCUACCUGGACGCGGAGUGCACCGUGUGCCUGGUGCUGCUCUCCACCGACAAGGAGUCCUUCUACGCCGUCUCGGACUGCAAGAAGCGGGUGGAGGAGGCCAUGCGGACUCAGGGCUCGCUGCAGGUGCUCUCGGGCGGCCUGCAGAGCCCCUCCUACGGCGUGGGGCAGGUCGGGGUGCCCGACUUGCGGCACUUCCUCUACAAGCCACUGGAUAUCCCGGAGAACUACCGCCAGCUGCCCCAGUUCACCAGCCCAGAGCUGGAGGGGCCGUACUGCAGCGAGGAGGAGCAACACCGGCUCUUUGACCUCUAUCAUUACCUGCACAGCCGCAUCCACAGCACCUCUCGCCCCCUGCGCCUCAUCUACCAUGUGGCCGAGAAGGAGACGCUACUCGCCUGGGUCACCAGUAAGUUCGAGCUAUACACCUGCUUCAGCCCCCUGGUAACCAAGGCUGGCGCCAUCAAUGUCCUCACCAAGCUGUUGCGCUGGAUCAAGAAGGAGGAGGACCGGCUCUUCAUUCGCUACCCCCCAAAGUACUCUACUACGCCCAACCCUGGGAAGGGCACCAAGGGCGGCCGGCCUGAUGGUGCGGAGAAUGGAUUUUUUGCUGGCCUCUAAGCCUGGGCCUGCUUCACCUGAGGCCCCUGUAUUUCACUGGUGGUUGGAUAACUUGGGGGGAAAUCCCUUCUCCUCUUUGAAGGGGAGGUCAGGGAACGCACAUGCACCCCCCCACACACACACCAGAGAAACCACACUCUCUAGGAGCUGGAUCAGGCUUGGCCCGGCCCCUUCCGAGGUGGGGGCGACGCGUGGUUAUCUGCCUGUCUUAUUUAUUGGCCUACUCGUGUCUCCGAGCCUCUGUUGGGGAAGCCAGAGUGUGGGUUAUUGCUUCACUUUGGGCCUUGUGCUCCAGGCUGAUGUGGAGGGGGGUGGCGAGCUUACACUCUGGCUUGCGGAGGCCUGUACCGAAGGACUCUACCUGCAUGGUGGAGCUGGGGUUGGGUGCAGCUUGUUCCAUCUCCUUGACGGAAGCUGUUUGCGGUUCCUUCCCCUGGAGCCUCUGCUUUCCGCCUCCUGGUGUGGAUCGGCUGCAGGCCCCUAUGAAAUGGGCUGUGAUUGUGUUUCUCUUUCCUUUGGAUGAAUUGUGGCGAAUUGCACCCUUGGCAUUGGAGCCCGACCUGCUUUGAAACCAUUUUUCAACAUCCUCUGCUCUUUAAAGACCUGGGCCUGGAAUGAACUUAGAUUUCUCACAGGCGCCCAGAGGUUGGCGGCUCAUGUUUGCAAUUGAUUUAACUGGGCGCUGUGUCUGGAAAGAUGUCUAUAUGUGCGGUGGGAAGGAGAUUACUCCCUUGUCCACCCCCCAUGCACACGCUCCUUGCGAUGCUAUAAAUUGAAAGUGGGUGUUGGAGAUGCCCGCCGUGUUGUGCUCUCCCUCCCUGGGCUGAUCGUGUUCGUUAACACCUGCGCCCGUGCACUCUCCCCUGCCUGUAUUAAUUUAAUGUUCCCUUUGGACAGGCAGAUCCUUUCACAGGAAGUGUUGAAAUGCUCUUUGAAAGCAAUGAACUGCCUCCCUCCUUUGCCAGUGUCGUCUGUGCCCUGUGCUACGUUAACUGGGCUGCCCCGUCACUCUUUUUUCAGUCUCCUUGUCCAUCCUGGUUGCUAGAAGGAAGGGCUGUUUGCUCCCCUGUGGCCUUAGACCGAUCUGCAGUGGGAUUGACCCAGAAUCCGCUGGGUCUGUUUCUCGCAGGAAGAUCAUCCCACGCCUCUGGAGAGCCAGCCCCUGCCUGCGUCUCCUUUUAACUUGCGUCUAGCUGCUCCAGUGAGACCUGGCGGGGUUGGGGAAGCAGAAACAGUUUUCACAUGCAUGACGUGCUGUGCCUAGAACCGUCUUGGCUGGCUGUCAAAUGAACCGUCUUGGCUGGCUGGCGUGUUCAACUGAGAAUCAAAGUCUUAUUAAAAAGUUGUUUUGAUGAGGGUACAUCUGUCUUACUCGCCGGCCAGCACAAAGGUCCUUGUCAAGGAAAGGGGGAGUUGGGGCUCUCUAAAUGCUAGCUGUAUUGCCUUGGCCCCCGGGAGCUUCUGUCAGUUGGAUGCAGCGGGGAGGUCCAACCUAGAUUUUUAACUCUCAUCUCUGGAGACGUCAGAUCACAGCUGAGCUUGCCGCAAACGUUGUCACGCUACCCCUCUGCCUGAGGCUGGCAUUUCCCAUCCCUGCAGCAUUCUCCUUUUUGGAAAGACGGGAUCCCAAAUUCACUUUGCCCAUCUUUGUCCUCCAGACCCCCCUUCUCUUUCUGCUGUGUUCCACUCAGCCAUCAGGCACUCAGCACAUCUAAUGCUGCCUGGUGGCUUUUUAAAUCUCAAAUCUAAGUAUUAUGCCAACUGUCUCACUGCCAUGCUCCACCCCAGAAGCAACUGCAGUUCAGCACCUGCUGCAGUACUUUGGGCUCAUUCAGCAGGAACAGAGCUAUACAAAGCGGAGAUGGGUCUGGUGCUAGCAUGUUCCACCAGUGAACUAUAUCUUCUGGGCCCAGCCUCCAUUGUUUUAAGUGAGUACAGCUUGGCUGCUGGCAAGGGAGGGAUGUGACUUUAUGGCAGCGGAGGUCCUGCCAAGCAGUUCCUAGCACAUGGUCACUCCAUUUAUCCCCUAAGGAGUGUGUGAAAGGCAGCAAGCUCAGCUGCUGUUCAAGGGGGAAGGGGAGCAGCGAGGCAUGGUAGAAGGGUCAUUGCAGAGUGAUAUUCACAGCUUUUUUGGGGGGGGUUGGCUGUCUGGACCACAGGGUGUGACUUGAUAAUGCUUCAAGUCUGUGAAUGGUGAUGUGGUGCAGAGAGCUGCUGUGCAGAACUAAAGCUACCAGCUGCACUCGCUUUGCUCCCAGGCCUCGCAGUUAACCCUGCUGAUACAACACUGCAAAUAGAAGCUUAGGGACGGCCAGAGUCCAAAAUACCGAAGCGAGCCUCUCAGGGGGGGUGUUAUUUUAAGAUGCAGCCAGCGCUUGCACCCUGCCGCAAGCUAUGUGUGUGGGCUCUGCAGCGGGAGCAGGGCCGGCGGAGGAAGGCAGCUGCUGCUCAGAGAGGUGUGGUCCAGCACUUGUCCCAAGGCUCACUGCACCUCGAGUCCACCAGCACGGGUUGGGGGGCUGAAAUAAACAAUGUCCGGCUGCCUGUAGCUCCACCUCCUGCCCUGGCCUGGCCAGGGAGGUACAGGAGGGGGCUAGGCCCUGGUCCAGAUGUUGCUGGC